GUCCUGCGCUUGGAGCGGCUGCCGAACCGGACCGCGCCAGGUUGACCCCCUCGGGGUGGUUGUCGUUAACGUUCGUGUUGCCGCCGCUGCCGCCAACGUUGUCAUGCCGCUCUUCGCCCCCAACCCCUUCGAGCAGGAUGUGGAAAAGGCUACUAAUGAGUGCAACACGGUUGAAGAUUGGGCAGUUAUUAUGGAUAUUUGUGACAAGGUUGGAAGCACUCCUAAUGGAGCAAAAGACUGCCUCAAAGCCAUUUUAAAGAGAAUAAAUCAUAAAGUACCCCAUGUUGCACUGCAGGCACUAACUCUUUUGGGAGCCUGUGUAUCAAACUGUGGAAAGAUUUUCCAUUUAGAAAUCUGCUCACGUGAUUUUGCCAGUGAAGUGCGUGUCAUAAUAAACAAGGCACAUCCUAAGGUAUGUGACAAAUUAAAAGCUUUAAUGGUAGAAUGGUCAGAAGAAUUUCAGAAAGACCCACAAUUCAGCUUAAUAUCAGCCACCAUUAAAUCUCUUAAGGAAGAAGGAGUUGUAUUUCCUACAACUGGGUCACAGAGUCCCUCAGCUGCUGCCAAGAAUGGUGCAUCAUCAAGCAAAAACAAAGAAGAAGAAGAUAUAGCUAAAGCUAUUGAAUUAUCUUUGCAAGAACAGAAGCAGCAGCAACAAACUGAGACAAAAUCUUUGUACCCAUCUGUAGACAUUCAGCAUAGCAAUCAAAAACACUCAAGAAAAGUGCGCGCCUUGUAUGACUUUGAGGCAGUCGAGGAUAAUGAGCUUACCUUUAAGAGUGGUGAUAUUAUUGUUGUUUUGGAUGACAGUGAUGCCAAUUGGUGGAAAGGAGAAAAUCACAGAGGAAUUGGAUUGUUCCCUUCUAACUUUGUGACCCCUAACUUAAAUGAUGAGCCUGAGACAGUGCCUGUAGACAAGGAUGCUUCUGAAGACACAACUGAAAUUACAAAACCUGAGCCGGAGCCAGUGUACAUAGAUGAGAAUAAGAUGGAUAAGACACUGCAGUUACUUCAGAGCAUAGAUCCAACAGAUCCUAAAUCUGAUUCUCCUGAUCUUCUGGAUUUAGAAGAUGUCUGUCAACAGAUGGGUCCCAUGAUAGAUGAAAAGCUAGAAGAAAUUGAUAGGAAGCAUUCAGAAUUGUCUGAACUAAAUGUGAAAGUGAUGGAAGCUUUGGAACUCUACAAUAAACUAAUGAAUGAAGCUCCUAUGUAUUCUGCCUACUCCAAGAUGCACUCCACGGCACAGUAUGCACCGACAUCAGCCAGUGUUCCAGUGCAGUCAUAUCCCAUCCAUCCUCACGGUGGGAAUUAUGUGGUCCACGGUAUGCCUCAAGGCUACAAUCCAGGAAGUGAUCAGAUUGGUCCACUGAGGUCUUUGCCUCCAAACGUGAAUCCUUCAGUAACCUCUCAGCCCGCUCCGACCUACAUGAGCCCUGGUCUAGAUUCUGUGUCCAGUUCUACUUACAUGAACCAGAAUUCUUGCCUCCCGCCCGCUGGUCCUGUUUCUUAUGCCCAGCCGAUGGGCAUGCCCGUGGAUAUGCUAGCCUACCAGAACACUGCAUCCAGUUUGCCUCAAGGUCCGUGCUAUCCAGCAGUUCCCGCUCAUUCACUUCCACAGCAGCAAACAAAUUAUCAUCAGCAACCUCUCCUGUGAAAAUGCCGAGUCGGAGCCUGGGAACCGUUUUAGAUGUUGCUGACCCGUAAUCUUUUAAAUUGUCCUUCCAUUGAUUUAAAAGGAUGCUUCUGCUGAAGGGAACAGACAACUAAGCAAUUUCAAAGUAAAUGUUAAUUCAGGCUUAACUGUUUUCUGCAUAGCUGUUUAAACUAGGUGAUCUGCAGUUGUGUUUAAAAGAAAAAGCAAAAAGCUUUCCAAUCCUGACUUCUGUAAUAUUCUGUGUCUCCUCGCUAUUUAUAAAAAUGCCACUUCAAUUUUUUCCCCUUGUUAAGAGAAGCUUGAAAACAAAGCUGAUAUAUGCAACUCCUCCUGUUAGUUCUUUCCAGACUUUGGGAACAUGGUAAUUGUUUUUUAAUGGAAGCCUUACAUUUGAAGUGCUUUCUUUGAAACUUGGUUUAAUCAGUUAGUUUGGAUUUUGGUUUGCACCCUUUUGAGAUCAUAAUCUUAACAAGAUCGCCUUUUAAGUUAUACAGUAAAGUUGUUAUGAACUUGAGAAGAAAACUUACACACACAC